GGUAGCUAAAAAUUAUAGAGAAAUAAAGAAACUACUUUCAUCUCUCUAGCACGCUCUGGUCUAGUGAAGAGGCAGAGGAGGUAAUAAGAAAUGGCUGCCCUCGUAGGUCUCUCCGGUCGUUUCGGACAAAUUGCUCGGUGCCAGCUCAAGGCUCCGGUGAUCACAUCAUGCCGAUCAGCGGGCUACUGGAACAAGGAUUGGCGCCCCGGUCCAACGCCGAAGACUGAGGAAGAGAUGAGAGCGGCCGCGAAGAAGUACAAGAUGCUCUACGAGGACUACAAGGUGCGGGCGGAGAGCGAGGGCCUGACGUGGGGUGACUACCCCAAGAUCCCAACGGUGACGGCGGGAUCCAGGGAUCCCGAGGAAGACUACGACUUUCCCACCCUGAAGCGGAACUACGGCGAGCCGGUUAACAUCUACAUGGACGCGUACACCCCUGAAAGGCUUGAUUUGAAGAGGUAUAAGGUUCCAAUACGGAAACAGAUUGCACAAUUCCUCGGCGUCGUGCUUGGCCUUUGGUACCUCAUGGACUUCUUCAACCGCCCCGAGCUUGCAUUUCAGUACACCAUUAAUGACAUUCCGGUACAGAUGCCGAAUGACGGAGUCGUCCACUACACCUUUGAACCGGCAAAGUAAUGUUUCUGACCUGUAAAUGUUGUGCCUGUUGG